AUGGAGCAGGAGGGUUCCGAUGUGGCAACUGAGAUCGGCUGUGAUGAUCACAAUGCCGAUGGAGAUCAAAUCUCAAAACAUCCACAGACAGAAGCUGACUCAGCUGCCGAAGAUAGCAAUACAAACUUGCUGAAAGAUGGUAAGAAGCUACCUCCUCCUGCGAUUUGUUUAUUGGGAGCGAGAUCGGCCGUUGACAAAAUGCGUUUGCUUCUCGAAUUUCAGGCUGACAAUUGGAAUGAGCUUGACGAACUCGAAGAUGCAUGGCGCAGUUUGUAUGGUCAACUUUGA